AUGGGUUUCAAGACGCUUCCAGGUAUCGUUCUCGCGGUGCUGUUGGGAAGUAGCCCGGUGUCGGGUGGAUCUUUGAAGGACAUCGAGCAUGUAGUCAUCUUCAUGCAGGAAAAUCGGUCGUGGGACACUUAUUUCGGUACAAUGGCUGGAGUCCGGGGCUUCAAUGAUCCCAAUGUUCAAGUCAAUCCCGACGGCAACUCGGUCUGGCACCAAGUAGUCGAUCCCGCACAGUCCAGUAAAACCAAGUCUUUGUUGCCCUGGUACUUGGGCCAACAGGGCGGAGAUUGGCAUGAUGCUAUUCAGUGCAUGGUUGCGGGUAGUAAUGGCUAUCAAGAGAACCAGCAGUCUCUGAACAAUGGUUCAAACAAUCAUUGGGUUACUAAAAACACACCUUGGAGCUGGGGCUACUUGAAGCGGCAGGACAUACCUGUUCAAUAUGCUAUUGCCGAAGGAUGGACAGCAGGAGAUAUGUAUCAGGAAAGCCAAAUUACCGCCACCAACCCUAACCGGGUAACUCUAGUAAGCGGCUCUAUCAAUGUACCCGGGAGCCCACAAAACAAAGAUGAGGGAGGUGUUUACAUCGACAACAACGAAGUUCCAGGCUGUGACGAUCACGGUAUCAACUGCUACCCACUCAAGUGGAAGACAGUCUAUGAUUUCUACGAGGAAGCUGGGGUCUCUUGGCAACUCUACCAAGAUAAGAAUAACUUCGACGACAACCCUUUAGCUUGGUUCCAGCAGUUCCAAAAUGCACCUCAGAACAGCCCCCUCGCUAAAAAGGGCAUGUCAUUCGUUGGCCUUGAUGCCUUUUAUCAGGCCGCUGCUAACGGCACCUUGCCCGAGGUCAGCUUCAUUGUUGGUCCAGCUGAGUUGUCUGAGCACCCACCCUAUAUGCCCAAAGAUGGAGCUUGGCUUCAAAAGAAAGUUGUGGACGCAGUAACCAACAGUCCCAAGUACAAUUCCACUCUUUUGAUGAUCAGCUACGAUGAGACAGGUGGCUUUGGCGAUCAUGUCACUCCAUUCCAUUCUCCCAGAGACACUCCAGGAGAAUGGAUGGAGGAUCCUUUGGGUCUAUUUUCGGAUAUUUUCGUUGGUCCGGGAUUCAGAGUACCUUUCUACAUGAUCUCUCCGUGGACCCGAGGAAGCCGCGUUUUCACCGAGAGAGCAGACCACAACUCCCAGAUUCUCUUUGUUGAAGAGUGGUUGACAGCCCGAGGAUACAAAAAUAUUCAAACAGACCAGAUGGUUUUAUGGAGGCGCAAGCACAUGUCAAAUCUUGUCAACGCACUGGAUCUCGAUCAUCCGGACUACUCUCUCCCUAACAUCCCGGAAGCUGAGACUCCAGCCACAAAUGCCAAGGGUAAUUAUGUUGGCAGCUCUAAUUGCCAGUCUCGUCAUGCGCAAACACGGCCUCCUGUUCCAUAUGGAGAACAAGGCAAUACAACGGAUACCAACUCCUUGUGGUUUGAAGAGGGAUACAAAGAGGUGAUUGGCUACCUGACAGAGGGCCGCUACCUAGUGUUCGAGAAAGAUGGAUUGGCCAUAACUAACCCCGGCAACGGCCACACUCUCACCACCAGUCAUGCAACCCCUCAACAUAAUGAUAAAUCUCAGCGUUGGAUCAUUCAUUACAACAGCGACGAGGAAAGCCAAGUCUUCACUAUAUCGAGUGCGCUCGAUGGCCGAUGGGUUGGCUCACGUGGUGUCCUACUUCCAAAGAGCCAAAGCGCAAGUGCAGCUCAAGUGCGACUCUCUUUCCUGGGCAAUGGUCGCGGUUACACCAUCCAGUUCGUGGAGCAAAGCAAAUACGUUGAUAUCAACGCCCAGGGAUACUUGAGCGUUGACAGUACCCGAAUCGACGCUAUCGGUGGCUACAAGAUCUUCAGUGUUUCCUACCGGGACUAG